AUGGAGAAUGGAGGGCCCGUGGAAAACGUCGAGCAAGUCGCUCAGCAUGUCGACAAGGGCCACCCUACCACGCACUACUCAUCGCAAAAGGACAAUGUGCACCUCGAACCCAGCCGAUGGUGGUUCGCCUCAUCAGCCUUCCCGAUGAUAGCCGGAACUCUGGGACCUGUAGCGUCAGCCUUCAGCAUCUGCGCGCUCGCGCAACCGUGGCGGCAGUGCCGCAUGAGGGCCGAGGCGGCGGAGCUGGUCGGCUUCAUCAACGACCCGGCAUGGCUCAUCGCCGUCAACGCUAUACAGCUGGUCGUGGCACUCGGGGCCAACCUCUCGCUGCUGCUCAACAUGGCGAGGGUUGUGCGGUUCAGCGUGGCGCAGCCCGUGACGAUAGCGGGGUGGUACGUCUCGGCCGUGCUGCUGCUGUCGCUCAACGCCACGGCCACGGGCCCGCUGCACGAGGGCUUCAGCGCGGCAUGCGGCGACGACGGGGAGCCCAUAUGGUCGCAGGCAUUCUUCUACGGCAUCUGGGCGGCCGUUCUGUACUUCGUCAUGGCGUCGCUGAUGGCCAUCACGUUCUGGGGCGCCGUGACCGGCCACUACGAUCGGGAGUUCAGACUCAACACCAGCCAGCGUACCCUGAUGCUGCAGACCAUCCUGUUACUCGUCUACCUCCUCGUCGGUGCCCUGGUCUUCUCUAACAUCGAGCCGUGGAGCUACCUCGACGCCGUGUACUGGGCCGACGUUACCCUCUUCACCGUCGGGUUCGGCGACUUCGCCGCCUCCACCACACUGGGCAGGACCUUGCUGUUCCCCUACGCCCUCGUGGGAGUCAUGAGCCUGGGUCUGGUCAUCGCCUCCAUCCGCAGCAUGAUUCUGCAGCGCGGCCGUCGUAGGCUAGACGCCCGCGCACAGGAGAAGGAGCGCCGCGAGGUUCUUCGCGCCAUGGCUUCCAGGGGCCAGGAUUCGGUCCUGCACCCCAUCCAUGAUGACGACGGCGGCGGCGGCGACGACGACGAGGGGUCCAGGCCCCGGUCCCGCGCAAGCAACCGCGGCCGCCGGCACGCUACCGAAUACGACCGCCGCCGCGCCGAGUUCGAGCUCAUGCGGAGCAUCCAGGCCAAGGCCAUCACGCGCCGCCGCUGGCUGGCCCUGGUCAUCUCCACGGGCUCCUGGCUGGUCCUGUGGCUCGUGGGCGCUGCCGUAUUCCUCGAGCUCGAGAGGCCCUACCAGCACUGGAACUACUUCGACGCCUUCUACUUCGGCUUCGUCACCCUGACCACCAUCGGCUACGGCGACCGCACCCCCAUCUCCAACGCCGGCAAGUCCUUCUUCGUCUUCUGGUCGCUCCUGGCCCUGCCCACCAUGACGGUUCUCAUCUCCAGCGCCGAGGACACCGUCGUCAAGUUCAUCCGCGACGCCACCCUGCAGCUGGGAAAUCUUACCAUCCUCCCCGGUGACGCCCGCUUCCAGGACAACCUCAUGCACGUCAUCAGCAGGAUCUCCUGCGGCGCCCUGUUCCGCGACAACUACGUCCUGUCGUCCGCCCCGCAUCCGGCCGACUUCCCCCUCGACCCAGACGCCGCCAGCGUACCCCCCGAUCAGGAGCACGACAACGACAGUACACGGCAACACCGACGCCGACGCGAACACCGCCGUGACCUUGUUGACGUCGAACGCGGUCGCGGCCGCCCCUCCUCCACACUCACAUCCGAGGUCCGCCGCUCCAUACCCCACUUCCGCGACCCGCUAGCCGACCUCCCCGGCGGCACAGACUUCCACUUCCUCCUCAUCUCUGAGAUCCAGAUCCUGGCCCAGCACAUGCGCGAACCCGUCCCCCGGCGCUAUUCGUUCGAGGAAUGGGCGUGGUAUCUCCGCCUGCUUGGCCAGGAUGAGCGGAAUCCCCGUCAUCACAAGAAACCUGCCGUCGCCCGUCGUCGUCUCCACAAGGUGAACAAGGGCGCUGUCGUGGAGAAGGAUAAGGAUGGAUCUCCUGACGACGACGGGUCCAGAUGGUCGUGGGUGGGCGACAGGAGCCCGCUGAUGGGAUCGCAGGAGGAGAGCGAGUGGAUCUCGGAACGCCUGACGGACCGUCUGCGGGAGUCACUGUCUGCCCAGAGACGACGACAGUGGAAGAAGUAUACCCAUGAGGAUGACGGCUAA